AUGGGUGAAGUGACUCUUGUGGAUGAGCUUGUGAGACAAGUCUUCCUUCCAGAGCCGCAACUAAUCAUCCUGGCCCCGCCGCCCUCUUUCCUCCCGUCGGCCGACGAACCGCCCACUGUUUGGCCCAAGUGGCUCAACGCGUUCGAACGCUACCUCGGCGCACUCGACGACGAGAAGCUGACUGACAAAAGUAAGUGUAUGCUUCUGGAAAACUGUCUGGGCCAAGAGGGUCAGCGCGUCUUCGCGGCGCUCGUCUCGCGGGAACAGACGUACGCGGCGGCCGUCUCGGCGCUGACCGCCUACUUCACCGCCGGCCGCAGCUCUCGUGAGCGCUUGCUCCGAUUCCACCAAAGGGCGCAGAUGGCCGGCGAGAGCACGGAUCAGUUCGUCGCGGCAUUGGAAGCGUUGCUGGCGCCCAUCGACCGCGCUGGCGACGAACUGAUCCUCAAUCAGCUGAUCGAGAAAACAAAAUGUCCACAGCUGAGAAAGCGGCUGUGCUCACAAAAGGAAACGCUCACGCUUGCCACCGCCUUGCGCAUCGCUAAAGAGGUGGAGUCGGUUUUAAACGAUGACGUCAAGCCUGUGGUGCAGCGACGCAAAAGAGGAAGACCUCGGCGAGAGCAGACAGUCGCGAUUGAAACCCAAAGGUCUACUUGCAAAGUCAACUGUAGCUACAAAAAACGGGUGUAUGAGUUGGGUGUUGAUGAAGACGUCGACUACGCCAACAUCGACACCGACGACGACGACAACAACGGUGACGACGAGGAUAAAAACAGUGGUGGCUCCUCAUCACUUGACUUAAAACAGGAGGCAGUCUUGGACAGGCCAAGUACGGCUGGCAACAGGAAAAUCGUGAAACGUUUUUCUUGUUCCGUCUGCGUGGACAGACACUUCGCCAGCGCGCACAAGCUGGCGAGACACAUGAGGACGCACACCCAGGAGAAACCCUUCUGCUGCCCCGUUUGCGCCACCGUCUUCAGCCAGUCGUACCACCUGACGCGGCACAUGCGAGUCCAGCACAACGCCGCCCAGCACGUGUGCCCGACCUGCUGCGACAGCUUCUGGAGCGUCGCGGAGCUCAAGAGCCACAAGAAGACGCACGUGCCGCAAUUUCUGUUGUGCCCCCACUGUCCUGACAAGUUGCUGGACAACGACACAUUUUUACGUCACGUGGCGUCUCACAAGGAGGACAGGCAGGAAGGAGUCGAACCGAUGCGGGGGGGGGAGGUCCAAACCAAUAUGAUGGAACCAUUGAUGGACGACGUCUGUAGUGUUACCGAAUCAGCAACACUACAGACGUCGUCCACCAUCAGCAACGCUGAUGAAAAGAAUGAAUCGGAUGUCCGUGUUGAGACGGAAAUGACGACGCUUUCUCUUGACGGCAGAUGGGGCGCAAGCGUCCCCUGCAAGAAGACCCACGUGUGCGCUGUGUGCAACAUGAUCUUCCGCCGUGCCGACAAGCUCAACCGACACAUGCGUACGCACACCAAAGAGAAGCCCUUCCGGUGCACCGACUGCUCGCGCACCUUCAGCCAGUCGUACCACUUGAGCCGGCACCAGCGGCAAAAGCAUGGCUUGCGGCCAUACAUCUGCCACCGGUGUGGCAAGGCGUUCGCUAGCUGGUUAAAGCUAAAGGAGCACCAGAAGACUCACGCGGGCAAGCUGACGUGCCCUGCCUGCAACGAGAGCUUCAAGGAGAGGGCCCACCUCGAGAGCCACCUUAAGUCGCAUAAGGAGAUCCCCCGUGGCCCUCACUCCCUCAUCUGCGAAGACUGCGGGAAAGUGUUUGGCCGGCGCUACCACUUGAAGCGGCACAUCCUGGUGAAUUGCAAGGCCUCGCACGCAGAUUGCUACACCUGCGCCGAGUGUCACAAGAGCUUCGUCUUGGCGGACGACCUGAAGAAGCACCUGAGGAAGCACGCCAAGGAAAACAGCGGAACGUGUCCGCGAUGUGACCAGAACUUCGGCAGCCGAGAGGAGCUGGAGGCGCACGUGGCGGCGCAUAAUGCUUCCUACCUGUGCAGCGUCUGCGGGAAGAAUUUCAAGGUGGAGAACGCGCUGAAGAAGCACGAGCAGAAGCACAAAGAAGAGCACUUCUACUGCGCCACGUGCCGCAAGCACUUCAGCAACCUCUCGCACUACAAGCGGCACGAGGAGGUGCACGACCGACGCGAGAACAAAUGUCCGCACUGCGAGCAAGUCUUCCUCAAGCUCACCGCUUUUAAGUAUCACCUCCAGUCGCACAGGGAGGAGAGACCCUACCAGUGCACCUACUGCAUGGAUACCUUCGAGCACAACGAGGAGCUAGAGCGCCACUGCCUCAAGCACAGGAAGUUCCGGAAAGAGCGCCCGUACAACUGCACGCGCUGCAACCACGCCUUCGCCACGCUGGCCGAGCUGACGGAGCACUUGGACGGCCACAAGGGCGAGUCGCCGCUCAGCUGCGACAUCUGCGGCCGCUCCUUCCUCAACGCCAGCAAGCUGGAGAAACACCUGAGCCUGCACACGGGCGAGCGGCCCCACCUGUGCACGCACUGCGGCAACGGCUUCCCGACGGCCGCCAACCUCAAGCAGCACAUUUACUCCCACACCGGCGAGAAGCCCUUCGCGUGCUCGCAGUGCAACAAGGCCUUCCGCUCGGCCGGCGGGCUGCAUCUGCACAGCAGGCGGCACAUGGACGCGCCGCCCAGCUUCGAGUGCGUUGACUGCGGCAGGACUUACGGCCGCAUGACCGAGCUGAGGAUGCACCAGCGCUACCACACGGGGGACAAGCCGUACACCUGCGUCAGCUGCAAUAAAAACUUCGUCAGCAAGCACAAGCUGAUGGUGCACGCUCGCAUACACACGGGAGAGCGGCCGUACUCGUGUCCCCACUGCGCGCAGACCUUCAGACAGAGUGGAGACAGAAACAGGCACGUCAAUAAGUUCCACAGUAAAGCUUCCGAACUGGAAUGGUGA